AUUCUAUCCAGUCUUUGUUGACUUCCAGUCAAAUCCUGCAUAUAAGAUUUUAGUCCUGACUUUCCAUGUGUUGCAUGGUGUGGGGUCCCCUAAGUAUAGCGCUGAUUUGUUGUGCCCCUACACUUCAGGGCGCAGCCCUCGGCCUUCAGGCCAGGGUCUCUUAAAGAUCCCAAAAACUUGUUUUAAAACCUAGCUCUAUCCCCCAGCCUCUGGGAUGACUUGCUCCAGUCCCCUCAUGAGUUUGACUGUGUUGACUCUUUUAAAAAGCAUUUGAAGACUUCGCUUUUUAAAACAGCUUUUAGUUGAUGGACUUUUUAACUGUUUUAAUUUAAUUGUUGUUUUAAUGUCCCUAUAUUUUGUCCAUCACUUUGUGAUUUUUAUCUGUGAAAAGCACUUAAUAGAUAAAAUGUAGUUAUUUUACUUACAAUUGUACUUUUUUGAAAGCUUGUCGGUCGAGGAAUUUGGUUGGCAUUCAGGCUUGUCACUGUCUCAACACAUGCACAGUACAUGCAGUACAAAAGCAGUCCAAGAGAAGCAACUAUCAAUUUGCAGUCAUGUUGUUGUUAUUAUAGAAUAUACAGGUACGGUACACUCAAUUAUAGUUAUGUAAUGCGCGUGCGUGUGUGUUGCUUAAGUUAUGGGCAUCAUGUAAUUAUACAUCAUCAUGUACAAAAAGCUGGAAAAGUAUGUUUACAACACAUUGGAAGUUGGUGCCAUUGAGGAAUUUGUGUAAAGGUUGUAAAUAGAGAUCAAACCCAGGACCUUCGUAUUGUGAGGCAGACGCACUAACCCCUGUUCCACCGUGCUGAUCAAAUAUACCUUCACUUCAAAAAACAGUGUUGACUUUACACAUGUGCCAUUGUGACAGACCUGCAGAGUAUAUGUGGAUGCAAACCUUUAUACCUUUGCUUUGCAGGCAGUCAUGCUAUCUUUAUAGCUCGCAGUAAAGUCAUUAAUCCUCAAUCACACCUUGGCCCCGAGCCCCGAGAUGAUAUAAACGCAUAUUUCCGACGUCAGGAGACCACGUGUGCUCGUACAUAAAGCAACAAUGGCCUCCCUUUUGUAUUCUAGAAGCCCUUGAUCAAAGCCAGAUGUGGAAAUGUGCAGCCUUUUUCCCCUUAAGUGUUCAGCAUGUGUUCAUCACUGGGUUGGAUGGCAAAAUAUCAGUAAAAGAAAAUGACCACACCUGCAGAAAAGUUUAUUAUACACUCAUCAACUAAUUAGCUUGUUUUCUAAAAUGUACACAAUUGAUCUCAUUCAAAGGCAUGAGCAAACCUUUGAAACAUUUUUAAAUUGUGACAUUGCGAAGGGUUCACAGUGGGUUAUUUUAUAACAUUUGUUAUUCUUUAAACCACUACCACAUAAACAAGGUUUUUAUUUCAAACUUUUGAAUAUUUGCACAAAAACAAUUGAAGAAAAUGUCCUGAAAGGAAAUAAUUUGCAUAUUUGUGGCUUUUACCAAAACAAUAUUCUGAUAGAUUGUGUGUUUACUGCAAUCUGGAUCUACUUUUCAAAGCAAUGUUCCAUUUUUCCUCUGGCUUCUUCCCAGAUUACAAAAAAGAAGAUUUACACAAGAAAUGAGAGAGGGGGAGGAAGAAAGGGUAAAAAACAACUUUAUGUUCCAUUUCCUCUCUUUUCUCCAUCCCUAAUUCGGUCGGUGCUCAUGCGUAGUCUUGUGAGUUGAUCACCUUUUAUCUUGAUGAAUUCUGACGCAAACUGGCUAUUUGGAGUGGAAUUAAUGACAAUUGGAGUUGUUCUGUGUGUAAGGGGCCAGACUGAAAGGAACACAAGGAGGAGGCUCAAAUUUCUUUGACCUAAUAUUUCUGCUUUCCACUGCUGCCUUCAUGUUCUAUGUAAAAAUCUGAAUUGUGAGAACUUACCGUUCGGAGCUAAUUUGGUUUAACGUGUGUUUAUUUAUUGUAACACAAAAUAUACAGAUAGUUAAAUGCUGUGUGUGAUAUGAUUGUGUUGUUUUUUGGUUCGAAUGGCAAAAUAAAUGUAAGCACAGCUGUGGUGAGGAUGUGUGUUUAACGAGUGUCCUUAAAUGCAGCAUAUGGCAGUCCAGAGAGGAUGCAGCCCAGAACAACGGACAAGUACAGUUGUGGGUCCAGACUGACAAAACCCACCUAAAUGGUCUUAAAUUCUGGACUUUCUUAAUCCAGAACCAACCUGCUCUUUACUUGGUUCCGAACCCAACCGGACGAAGACUUCCAAACGUCGCUUUUGGAUAAUGGAUUCUCACGUCCUCAACAUCCGCAUGAAUCACAGGCUCCAACCGGGCAUCGGCUUCGGUUCCGGGCCGACAGGGACCCUCCGCUCGUCGUCUCUUCGGCCCGGCGUCACGGUACCUAUCCCGCCGCUCCUGUCCUCCCCGGCUUCCCUCGCCGUCUCCUCGGGGCCUCCGCCGCCGCCGCCGCCGCUGCAGCUCCACAGCCUCUACGGCGGAGUCGCCGGAGUUGGAGCCGGCCUGGGUCCCUCCGUCCCCGGCCAAUGCAACCCCGGGAACCCGGCGGUGCUGAAGGAGGCGGUGGAGGCUGUGGUCCGCAGCUUCGCCAAACACACUCAGGGCUACGGGAGAGUCAACGUAGUGGAGGCCCUGCAGGAGUUCUGGCAGAUGAAGCUUAGCCGAGGUGCCGACCUACGCAACGGAGCGCUGGUUGUUUACGAAAUGGUGCCGUCCAACAGCCCACCGUAUGUCUGCUACGUGAGCCUCCCGGGAGGCAGCUGCUUCGGAAGCUUCCAAUUCUGUCCCACCAAGGCCGAAGCCAGGCGCAGCGCAGCCAAGAUCGCCCUCAUGAACUCCGUUUUUAACGAACACCCAUCUCGACGCAUCACAGACGAAUUCAUCGAGAAGAGCGUCAGCGAGGCUUUGGCGUCCUUCAACGGAAACCGAGAGGAGGCUGACAAUCCAAACACAGGAAUUGGGGCGUUCCGCUUCAUGUUGGAAUCCAACAAAGGAAAAUCAAUGCUGGAGUUUCAGGAGCUGAUGACAGUUUUCCAGCUCCUCCACUGGAACGGAAGCCUGAAAGCCAUGAGGGAACGCCAGUGUUCCCGUCAGGAAGUGCUUGCUCACUACUCCCACCGGGCGCUGGACGACGACAUGCGCACCCAGAUGGCGGCCGACUGGGUGAACCGGGAUCAGAGUGUAGCCAGCACCAUUGCCCAGGAGCUGGCGUCCACCGAGCGUGAGCUGGAGGACGCCAGGCUGGCCGGGCGGGAGCUGCGCUUCUACAAGGAGAAGAAGGACAUCCUGAUGUUAGCCGUGGGCCAGCUCAAUGCCGCUAACGCCGCCACGCUGCCCGCGCACUAAAAACGCCUCCAGCCGCCAAACAAGCCACGAUUGCUUGUUACCUUUUUGGUGCCUCGUCAUUACAAAAUGCGCUUUUUUUUUCCUUGUCAAAUUGCCGCACCAGCUGGCUGGAGUUUACAUGUUGUCUUGCCUCACAGCUGCUUUUUCGUCUGGGAAUGUGCGAGGCCAUCAAAACUAUUUAGUGCUCAUUUCUGUGUUUUUUAUUAGCGUGGAAGAGAAAUGCGCAGGAUUGUGCAUCAUAAUAUGGGUGUGUUUGCAUCAGAAUGUACGUUUUCCCAGUCCACCGAAGGACCUAAAAACAUGUUGUUCCAGCAAUUUAGACUGUUGACUUCUCCGGUCACAAGGUUUUUAUUUGACUGGUAUGCUUUGAGCAAGUGCGUCACGUGCGAGUCAAUUAAGUCAACACAACACACGCGACAGUGUAGCAGAGCCGUAGCACUUCAAUGCUCUAAAUGUGAUGAACCCACAUUUCCUUGCUUGUUUGAACUAUUUUGUUGAACUUUGAGUUGAUGUGGGCACAAGUAUUGCUGGUUGAACAACAGCAGGAUUCAAAGUUGGAUUAAUGCAGAAAUGCAUAUAAAAAAAGAGCAAAAGCACAGUAAAUGCUCAAUCGUUAUAUGGUGUUUAUAAUGGUGCCUUUACAAACAUGGUAGCAGGCGAACUUGCUUAAAUCCCUUUUUCCCUCCCAUUUCCUUUAAUAAAACCGUGCCACUAUUCAGUUGAAUCCAAUGUUACUGAGGAGCAGCAGUAGAAAUAUGCCUGCAAGUCAUUUGGUCACCAUAGCAAAGCGUUUCGAAGUUCAAAUGGCGCCGUGAACAAUAGACCAUUCAUGUGCUGUAAUGCUCACUUUAACCUCAAUUUGGCAGCUGUUUAUAUCCUGGGCCUGCCUUUCAUUCCCAUGACUUUACUAUUGUAUGUCUUUUUUGUUUGUUUUUUAAACAUAAGCCAUCUUUCUGAGAAAUACAUUCAUGUGUGAUCCUUAUAUUGAGGGCUUUUAACACAAAACAUUUUGCCUUGGGUGCAUAGUAUUUCUAUUACGUCAUCUUAUCCAAACAGUAUUUUGGUGUUUGUAAAGAACGUAUCCAGGUCAUUGUGUGUAUUUUUAUGAGUGUUUUGUAUUCAAUGUUUAUACAUUUAGUAGAUUUAUAUAAUAAAUAAAAUCAUACAUGUUUACACUAUCUGAGUGCUUUCAUGUAAGUACAAGAGUGAGAACUCGAUUUGAAUAUUGAUUAAAGGCCAUUAGAAAACAUUG